UGCACAACAGAGAAGCUGAAGGGAGGAGCUGUCUGUGUUCUAGAAUCUGGGCUAUCCAUGCUGAAGGAUUCUGCAUGCAGCUGUAUGUGAAUGUUUGUUUCAUUCCUCGUUUUACUUCCUUUUGUCUUACUCAUUUAUUGUUACUCAGUGCCUGCUAACCCCUCUUUUUCCUGAUUGCAAGUGAUCUCUCCUUCCUUUAGUAAAAAGAAAAACAAGGUGACCUUUUCUCUUGCUACAAACUGCUAGAAAUCUACGCUCUAGUGUGAAUGCCUUCACAUGGAUAAUUUGCUGCUUCCGGUUUUCCCACUUUUUAAAUAAUAAAAAAAAGUCCCUUCCACCUGUGCUUAACAUUGAUCGUUUAUUUUAUAGUAAAGUUCCAUCAGAUUGUCAUAAUACUUUGCAAUGCUGCUGACUAUAACUAAUGCUUGUAGUAGGAAGGGCAGUAAGUACAGCAAUUCCUCAUGAUUAGUUUUUAUGGACAUAUUUAAACAGGUAAAAAGCAAGCAGCAUCAUGUAUGUUGUAUGCAUGUCCUAACUUAGCACGAGAAAUAAAGUAGGAGACUGUGUACAAGUCCAUUCUGCUGCUGGUAGAGAAUAUACAAUCCUCUAAAAUUGAUAGUGAAUACUUCCUGAAAGAUUUGGGAAUCAUAUGGGAAUGUAAUUAUUUGUAGGUUGCUACUAUGAGUUGAAAUAUAUGUUGAUACCUUAAGAUUGUACAGAUUGUAUAAAAUAAACUAGGCUCUUAAAGGAACACUAUAGUCACCUAAAUUACUUUAGCUAAAUAAAGCAGUUUUCGUGUAUAGAUCACUCCCCUGCAAUUUCACUGCUCAAUUCACUGUCAUUUAGGAGUUAAAUCCUUUGUUUCUGUUUAUUCAGCCCUAGCCACACCUCCCAUGGCUAUGAUUGACAGAGCCUGCAUGAAAAAAAACAGAUGUAAUUUACCUUAAAUAAUUGUCUCAAUCUCUAAAUUGAACUUUAACCCCUUAAGGACCAAACUUCUGGAAUAAAAGGGCAUCAUGACAUGUCAGACAUGUCCUGGAGGUUAAUUCAUUAAACUGUGAAAUGUGUAGAAGUGAUUAGGGAACCGAACCUUUAAGUCACAAUAGCAAAAAUGAGUACAUUCUUCACAAUUCGAAGUGUUCGAAGAACAUACCACAUCUGUCUUCAGAGUAGAUGUUGCAUAUGUAAUUAUAUAGAAACCCUAUCAUAGAUAAACAGUCGGUUUAUAUAGUUGGUAUGCACAUUAUUAAUAAAGGGACACUAUAGUCACCAGAACCACUACAGCUUAUUGUAUUUGUUCUGAUGGGUAGAAUCAUCCCCUUCAGGCUUUUGCAGUAAACACUGUCUUUUCAGAGAAAAUGCAGUGUUUACAUUACAGCCUAGGGAUAACUUAGCUGGCCAGUCCUCAGAUGGCUGCUAGAGGUGCUUCCUGGGGCAGUGCUGCAUACUGUGCAGUGCUACCAUUUAGUGUCUCCACCCUCUAAAUGGAGACACUGAACUUUCUUCAUAGAGAUGCAUUGAUUCAAUGUAUCUCUAUGAGGAGAUGCUGAUUGGCCAGUGCUGUGUUUUGCUUGUGCUGGCUCUGCCUCUGAUCUGCCCCUUCACAGUCUCAGCCAAUCCUAUGGGAAAGCAUUGUGUUUGGCUGGCUCACAGAAUCACAGGGGGGCUAGAUGGUGGUUUUAACACUAUAGGGUCAGGAAUGGAUGUUUGUGUUCCUGGCCCUAUAGUGUUCCUUUAACAUAUCUUUUUAACCCCUUAAGGACCUAACUUCUGGAAUAAAAGGGAAUCAUGACAUGUCACACGUCACUCAUGUGUCCUUUAGGGGUUAAAGGGCUAGUCUAAGCACUAUAAGCACUUUGCAUUAUUGCAAAGUGCAUGAUACUUAGAACAUCCUGAACACACUCUCAUUUUUGAGAAUGGCGUACCACAGUAUUCAGCAAUGCUUCGUAAAACUUACUGCCCCUAUAAGAUAGAAUACCAGGCCUGUCAGUCAGGCAACCGGAACCCUUACAGGGUUAUUAAUUCGAUAAAAUCUGAAUUAAUGUAAAUUAAAAUGGUGUGGACAAAUAGAAGUAAAUAUAAAGAAGAUUUGACUAGGGCUAAGUUGGAAAAUGUUAACACAUCUGCUAUUUUUGUCGUGAUUUUUUCAUUCAGAUUUAAUUCUCCAAACUUUGUAUUGUAGUGAAUAAACUUUUAAGGUCUCGGGUAUCAUAUCAAUGUUGGCUAUAUUGUGCUCAUGUAUAAUAGGAAAGUCUCUCUCUCUCCUCCCUGGAGAGAGCCAAGCCAUGGACUAUGCAUGUGUGGGCUUCUGGUCACGCCAUAGCAAAACUGAUAAUCACUUCAGCAUAAUAAUGAACACCCUGACAUCACUUUGAUGUAAUAAUAAACACUUUACUAUAACUUUAAGGAGGCAAUCCAGGCACACACACACAUUUGUUUAGAUUAUAGUUAGGAAUGCUGGGUGGGUGUCUUUUAUUAGUCUUGUUUAAUAAGGCUCUCAUUCUUGCUACUUACAGUGUUUGGAUAUGUAAUCCAAAAAUACAGCUGCACGUGCUUUCAUGAUAUUCAUCUGUUAGAUUUCCAUAUUAAAUAGAUGACAAAUGAACUUCCAUAAACACUUGCUGUGCUCACUAAGCACUGAUUAUGGGGAUAAACUGAAAAAUGAUAUAGAAUGUUAAAGGAACACUCAUUGUUUUUACUGUCCGAAUACAGAGUAGUUACAUGGAGUGAGCCAGAACUGGACCAGUGCUCUGAAAUGUAUAUGGAAAUUCCAUGUUAAUACUGUUUUAACAUUAUUAUAGUUCACUGCAUUGACACUGUAUUUUAGAGAAUUGCCAGUCAUAUAUUAAGUUUUUAUCUUUAUUUGUAGAAACGAUCUCAAAGAUGAACCUGACCUCCUCUAGGAUCCUGUCGCUGUGCAGAUCCAUACCAACAGCAUCCCAUCGGUGUUUCAGAUAUGACACCUGCGGCCGGUGGCAAGACACGUCUAGUACAUAUCCGCACAGUCAGAUGACAUCACUGUAUGGAUUUAAGAACCAGGUGUUUGCCAGAUGUUUGCACAGUAUCAGUGCAUUUAGCAGCUGCAAGUGUUGGAAGCCUGUUGUAUCCCACCAUUCACGUCACAAGACUGAGAUUCAUGGCUCGAAAAGAUCACUUAGUUUUUCUGCUGCUGCCGUGGUUGAAUCGAUGCCAAAAAAUGUUCAGCCUUACCUACGACUUAUGCGAUUGGACAAACCAAUUGGUAAGAGGAUUUGGCAGCAGAAUAGCUUCCAAAACCAUAUUCACAUUUACUUAAACAUCUAGUAAAUUUGAAGCCUUUAACCGCAGGUUAACAAAUAGUAAUGAUUUGUUUUUGAUUUGUGGUUGGGUUGUAGUUGUUAGAUUUUAAGAUUUUAAUCUGUUAUAGGAUAUCUUUCAGUCCAAUGCCAUGGGCCUCCUCAUUCUGUUACAUUAAUACUUCUGCCAAGGAUGAUGGGUUAAGUUGGCUCUGCGGCAUGGGGGUGGGGAGCAGAGCCAUCUUUACCUGGUAGCCUGCCGGGUUAGCUUGACAUUCCCCUGCGUGUCCUCUGCACCAGGAGGAAGUAAUUACAGUUCUUCACUUCCUCCCGGCCCACAGAGAGCUGCAUAGGGAUUGAGACCGGAGGAGGAAGGAACGGGCUGACCAAUCCCAGGUGCCAGGGCAAAAUAUUUAGUCGCCAUGGUGCCUGGGAUUUGUCGAGCCCUAUUUUAGGUGACUUACUUAUAACAAUAUAUAUAACUAACAUGCAAUUUAUAACAACAAUGUAUUUAUUUUACACAGAUUUCUAACAUAUUUGUUGUAGUUUAAAGACGCUAUACUGUGAGUAUUAUUGCAGUGGAACUCUGUUAUACACUCAGACACACCAACAAUAUGGAACUUCUAUAAAAGAGGGAGAUUAGGAUAGAAAAAAAGGAUUUGGGCCUAAAAAUGGACUGACUAUUUUAAAUAGGGACUUUUGGGAGAUAUGGACUAUGAAUGGAUGAUCACACACUUGACAGGUCAUAGAUAUUUUCUGUAGAUUGUUGUGGUAGCAUAUUCCCUGGAGUGCUGCUGGCAUACUGACUGUUUUUAAUCUACUACAGGAACUUGGUUGUUGUACUUACCCUGCACGUGGAGUAUAGCUCUUGCUGCAGAGCCGGGUGGACUCCCAGACAUAUCCAUGCUGGCCCUGUUUGGCACAGGAGCAGUUCUGAUGCGUGGGGCUGGAUGUACUAUAAAUGAUAUGUGGGACAGAGACUUUGAUAAGAAGGUAUGUCUGUCAUUUUCCCCUGAAUUAUAAAGUGAAUUCAUUAUUAUUAUUUUAACACAUAUUUGUUAUGUAGUUGUUUCUCAAUGAGUUCCAUGGGCCAAUAACAUAGAAUUAAGAAGUAGGGACCUCUCUAGUCGGUCCUCUCACACCUCACCCCUCUGUCAGUCCUUACAUUGGCUUCCUAUAUCCUAUAGGAGUCAAUGCAAAGUGCUAACCCAUACCUAUAAAGCACUGAACAAUUCUAGCCCCUCUUAUAGCUCUUCACAGAUCAAUAGGUAUGCUCCUACUUGGUCUCUCCCCUCUGUCCGUUGUUUGCACCCGAGACUCUUCCCUAGUCUUCAAUCCUUUAAGAAGUGCCUUAAAACCCAUCUCUUUAGGAAAGCUUAUGGCCUCCCAGAGUAACCUCUACCUCACAUACCUGUCUUUUGCUCUCUCUUAAAGGGCAGCACUUUAUUCUCUCCUCCAUCCCGCUUCACUCCCAUCUUAUUUGAUUGAUAUUUCCUGUAAUAACGUGUCUUACACCCCACCUCCUAUAGACUGUAAGCUCGUUUGAGCAGGGUCAUCGUCAACCUAUCGUUCCUGGUAGUUUUCUUGUAAUUGUCUUAUUUAUAGUUACAUCCCCCCUCUCAUAAUAUUGUAAAGCGCUACGGAAUCUGUUGGUGCUAUAUAAAUGGCGAUAAUAAUAAUAAUAGAGAUGUUGCCUUUCAUAUGGAGCAUGUAAGCUCCUAAUCACAAAUAAAAUCAGUAAGAUUAUAUUUUAGAGUGUGUUGAACUUUUAUUUAUUUUAUAAAUUAUAGAAUCUAGAAGAAUUUAUCCUGGUCAUACCAAAACCCACCUUCUUCAAUGGAGUUAGUAGGAAAGUUCUAGAGAAAACCUAUGCCCAAACUGAAUUCUUUAGUUAUUAUCUUGAAGACUGUAUUAAAAUCAUUCUUUUCAAGGGUGGAAUGGACUAGAGUGCUUGAACAAUAUAUGGGGAUAAAAGUACUUAAUCUGAAUAUUGUCCUCCAUGAACGCAUGCCUUUCUUUUAUUAUCCCAUGUCAAAUGUGAAUUUGUAAAAACAAACUUGAAUAUUUCUAUAUUCUAUAUAUUUUAUGUAAAAUCUAUUUUGGAAAACAAUGAUAUAUUUUGAGGAUUAUAUUUGCCCUUGCUGCAUUUGAUUGGUCAGUGGCUACGGUGACCAUUUCUUCUGCUCAGGUGGAAAGAACCGCAAGCCGGCCUAUUGCAUCUGGGGACAUAUCUCGGUUCCAGGCAUUGGUUUUUCUCGGUGGACAGCUCAGUCUGGCACUUGGUGUGCUGUUAUGCCUGAAUAAUUAUAGGUGGGGAGCUUAAUUUAAUAUUCUUUUUUUUAUGUCAUUUUUCAGGAGUACUAAUUGUUUGUAUACAUAUACCCAUUUCUAAACACCUAUUACGUGCUGUUUACAUGAGAACUUUGAUGCAACAUUGUUAAAAUGUUAACAACAGGUUACACUGCAGACACAGACUAUGUUUACCUUCAGCAACUCACCAUAGACCAGCAAGUUUAUUUCCCAAAUUGAUCAUUCAAAGUGUAUUUCACAUUUAAGGCCAGAAUAGUCGAACUGAAAACAUAUCCAGCUUAUAGAAUGUUUCCAGUUCAGCAAUUUCUUUUUCAUUUGUCACUUUAGUGAGUAACCUCCUAAUAUUGAAUUUUUCAGAGUGCAGAAUAUGUCAAAUUUACCAUAGUGAGUAAUUUAGAAAUGUCUGAUUUUUAUCAACCUGGUUCAACUAAUUAAUCUGUUGAACCCUUGAGUAUUUUGUAGAUUGCUGUAAGGUCAGUCAGAUGUGUAUUAAUAUUUUAAGCACUUUUUAUUCUCUUUAUGUGCAUUAUAUAUUUUUUAUUUUUCAGUAUUGCCCUUGGAGCAGCUUCUCUGUCGCUAGUAAUAACCUAUCCAUUAAUGAAGAGGAUAACGUACUGGCCACAACUUGUGUUAGGUAAAUAGCAUCUAUUAUUAUUAUUUAUAGAGCACCAACAUAUUCUGUAGCGGUUUACAAUUAGAGAAUGGAAAUAUCUGACAGUUAUUCCAUGUGGUAAUGUGAAUUCCAAGAGUUCCAUGUGGCUUAUGUGAAUUCUGUGCAUAUUGGACAUCUGAUGUAUGUCUGUGCCCUCGGUGAGGGGGAGUGAUGUAAGGGGAGGACAAUCAGGCUGCAGGGAGGUCUUGAUCUUAGUGCUUGAAUGGAGGGAUGUUUUAGGUUUAUUUUAUUGUGGGGGAACUAGCACAGACAGGGUUACUCUAACCAAAAACACAGUUUUAACUGGUUACUCCAACGACCAUGACCACUUCAGUGAUUAGAAGUAGUCAUGUUGGUAGGAAUCUGUAUGCGCAGCAUUUCUACUUGAAACGUUGAACAUACAGCGUAAUGAGCACUAAUUAAGUAAUAGUGCCCAGUUGGGCAUUUUGUAUAGAAAACUGUGUUCCCUUCCCAAAGAGUUGGAACAACCUUCUGAUUAUAAAUAUUGAAAUUAGAUUGACAGUGUUUUUUUUUUUUUUCCUUCAUAUAGGUUUGACAUUCAACUGGGGAGCCUUGCUUGGAUGGUCUGCUGUAAAAGGGUCGUGUGAUUGGUCAGUGUGUCUCCCUUUAUAUGUGUCUGGAGUAAUGUGGACCCUGAUAUACGACACAAUUUAUGCGCACCAAGUAAGAAAUCGUUCACACUACACAUUGCAAACAUACUAAUGCUUAGAAACCUAGGGUGGACCAAAAUUAUUCAUUAGGUUGGCUUGCAAUUCUAGUUGUAAGAGUAGGUUAUUAUCUGGUCAGCAGAUUAGCGGAAAUUGAUCCAUUUUGCUACUGCAUUAGAUAGAGCUGGUUUUGCAAGACCGCGCUCACUCUUGCAGAUAUCUCUUAUGCCAAAUUAAAACCCAUAAACAUAUAUCCAAUGGCCUGGACCUCUUAAACAGUGCAUAUUCAGAGCUGCUAUUGUAGGCAUUGUAAACCGCAAACACCCUAAAUUGAUGCUUCUUUAGUAGAAUAGUAAAUUAAGACUCCUCUGGUACUGAAUUAUGUUUUCAUAUCAAUUCCAAUGUUUAGCAAAUGAAUCCAUUCAGAAUAUAAAGGCUAGGUUCUGUGCGAUGGCUUUUGGAAUAUUAAUCCCUUUACUAUGGGAGUCAUGUACAGUGGGAAGAAAAAAUAUGUGAUCCCUUUAGACAUUGCUGCAUUUACAUAUAAAUUUGCCUUAGUAUUGGUUUUGAUCUUCAUCUAAGUUCCAGUAAUAAACAAUCUGUUUUAAUUAAUAACUCACAUAUGAUUGUAUAUGUUGAAUGCACCAUUCAAGUAUUCACAGUAUAUGAUGGUAAAAGUAUGUGAAAUCCUAGGAAAAUUAGUUCAACAAACGUUAAUUGAAAUGGGCAAGCAUGGUGUCCAAGUAAUGAAACAAGAUUGAAGGAGUGGGUAAGAGCUACUUUGAAUAAUGAAAAGGACACAAACUUUUUGAGUUUUCUGUUGAUGUGAGCCGUGCCUUGUAAAAGGAGCUCUCAGAAGAUUUGUGAUCAAUAAUUCUUGUGUUGCAUAGCGUUUAAAAGGCCACCUAGAGCAGCGAAUGGUUUUGCCCCAUUCGGUCUUUAGUGAGUAAGCCCUGAUUGUGUUUGUCUACUUUGACAAAGAUGAGAUUACAUUUUAUGACCAAUUAAUAAUAAAACCCUAACUAAUUCCAAAGGAUUUACAUACUUUUUCAUUGCCACUGUACAUAUAAAAUGUCUAGAUUAUGUUCCCAUACCCUGAAAUGCUGUAUACACAAUUUGUUUUUUAUUUCAGAAAUGUAACCAUUUUACAUAGUUACAUAGGCUUCCUUCCUCACAUUUUUUUUUUUUUUCUGUAGUCUUGGUCUUUUUGGCUAUCACUUCUUCAUUUUCUAAUUUAGCCCAUCUAAUUGCCCUCUUUACAGGAAUUAUUGGCUUCCUUAUGUUGAUAUAGGGUGCCUCUGAUUUAAAUGCCCUUUUCUUAUUUUUUAUUUUUUAUCCUACCUUCCUACCAAUUAACAUUUAUUUCAGUUUGUAUAUUUUAUAUUUAUUACCCAAUGGUAUAUAAUGAGAAGUGUACAGUUCUAUAUUUGUCUGAAGAUAUUCCCUUUACCCUUUUUUUUUUUUUAAAUAAUAAUAAAAAAAAAUGUUAGUAAAGUCUGUUAUCCUAUUAAAACUGGCCUUUUUAAAAAUGUUUUGGAAUACCCCAUGUCCAUUUGCUUUUUUGAGUUUUUCAAAAGACACCGUGGGACCGACGUUUUACAUGUGAUUUCUUAUUUGAAUGUUUGACAAAAGAUCAACAUUGUAUGUAACCAGAUCCAUAUAAACAUGCUUUCUAGUUGGUGCUUCUACCAACCUUGACAUAAAGGUGUCAUUUAACAAGUUCAAGAGCUUGACUCACCUAGCUGAACUACUGGUCCCUCCCAAUUUAUAUCCAGGUAAUAAAAUCAACGAUCCUUAAAAGUGUUAGCCCGAUGUUUUCUUCUUUACCAAUAUCAGUAUUAAAUAAAUGGGUUAUAUAGGUGUUCAACCAUAUUGGUUUUUUUUAAAAUUAACUUUUUCAAGAUAUUGUGCCAAAAUUCAUUUUAGGUAAACUGAACAGAAUACAGAUUCUGACUCUCUCAUUUUGUUGUAGGACAAAAAGGAUGAUGUGCUUGUUGGGGUGAAAUCAACUGCGCUGAGGUUCAAUGACCAGACAAAGCAGUGGCUGAGUGGUUUCAGUGUGGCACUGCUAUCAGGAUUAACAUUAACCGGCCUCAGCUGCGAACAAACAUUACCCUAUUACACUGCUGUUACACUUAUUGGUGCCCACCUUGCUCAUCAGGUAAAAUAUUUUUUUCCCCUCAUAUAGGCUAUAAUCCUCUCACCUACAUAUUGCCACAUUACCCAUAAUAUAGCACUAUAUUACAUGAUGCCUCAAUAUCAAGGCAUUGUGUAAUACCCCUCCACACUGCCGGGCACCCGAGUGAUCGCUCCCUCUGGAGUGAUCACUUCCGGGUUGCUGCACGUGGCGCCUGGCAGUGUAGAGCAGAGCAUCGGAAGCCUUCAGGCAGGCUUCUGAUGUUCUGCCUGUACUGAGUGCCUCGAGGGGUCGAGGCACUCAAUAUUAAGAAUAAAUUUUUUUUUUUUUAAAAUGAACCCUCUACGCUCCCUCUCCCUUCCCAUGUCCAUACCGGUCAACAUCUGAGCCCAGACAGUCCCCCCACCAUAGGACCCCCAGGGGCCAUGUGACCGCUCUAAAUUAAUAAAUGUAAAAAAAAAAAAAAAAAAUAUAUAUAUAUAUAUAUAUAUAUAUAUAUAUAUAGUCAUACUAAGUUUUUUUAAAUUAAUAUAUACAUAUAAUAUAAAAUACACCGAGUAAAAUUACACACGUGUGUGUAUAUAUAAUAACUAUAUAUUGUAUAUAUUAUAAAAAUUUUAUUAAAAAUAAUUUUAAAAAAAAGUAUAUGUAUAAUAUAUUCUAAAAUAAUGAAAGCGUUAUUAUAUGAGUAUAUAUAUCUCAAAGUACACUUAUAAUGAAAUCAUAUAUGUAUAAUAUAUUUGGGGUUAAUUUUCAUUCCUUGGCUGCUAUAUGGUCUCAAAGGCAACAUAGGCCCUGCAAACCAAGCUGGCAAAUUUAAAUGUGCAAACAUGGAAAAAGCCCUACAUUUGACACCUGUACAUUGGGGGUACUGUUGUACUCUGGAGAUGGUGCUGAACAAAUAUUGGGGUGUUCUUUGUCAGUAACACAUAACAGGAACUGUGAAUUCAUGCCUAAAGUACAAUGUGAGAGAAAAAUAAAACAAAAAAAUGACUACCCAAAAGUUUGACAAAGACUGGAAUUAGUGCAUGGAAAGUGUUAAAAUACCACUAUUUGAAAUACCCUAGGGUGUCCACUUUUCAAUAAUAUGUGGUUUAAUGGGGGGUAAAUUACAGUGGCUGGCUUCAAAAUAUCCAAAAUAGGACAUGGGUGCAUGAUGACCAGCUGCGAAAAUUCCAAGUUGGAAAACUGUAAUGCGCACCCUCCAGCUAAGGUCUUUUAGCCCCCCAAAGAACCCGAGACACCUGUACAUGGGUGGUAUCACUGUACUCAGGAGAAGUUGCUGAACACAUAUUGGGGUGCUCUUUGGCAGUAACCCUUAAAGUUCUCCAUACAUGUAUUCUUAAAUUGCGAUGUGUGUAAGAAAUAAAUCACCAAUUAUUAUUUUGUGGGUUUUUUUUUUUUUUUACCGUUACAUAGAUUGUUGGUAAAAUAGUUGCAUGAAAAGAGUCAAAAUACCCCAAGUUUAAUACCUUAGGUUGUCUUCUUUUUAAAAAUAUAUACAUGUGAAGGGUUAUUCAGGGAUUCCUGACAGAUUUCAGUGUUACAAUGUAACGGGUUAAUUCAAAAAAAAAAAAAAAAAAAUGGUUUGGAAAUAGCAAAGUGCUACUUGUACUUAUUGCCCUAUAACUUUCCAAAAAAAGCUAAGAACAUGUUAACAUUGGGUAUUUCUAAACUCAGGACAAAAUUUAGAAACUAUUUAGCACGGGUGUUUUUGGCGGUUGUAGAUGCGUAACAGAUUCGGGGGGUCAAAGUUCGAAAAUGUGUGUUUUUUUUAAAAAAAAGUCAUCAUAUUUUUUUACAGUAAAUUAUGAUAUGAUGAAAAUAAUGGUAUCUUUGAAAAGACCAUUUAAUAGCGAGAAAAAUUGUAUAUAAUAUGGGUGUGUACAGUAAAUGAGUAAGAGGAAAAUUACAGCUAAACACAAACGCCGCAGAAAUGCAAAAACAGCCCUGGUCCUUAAUGGUAAGAAAAUUGAGAAGUGGUCUGGUCACUAAGAGGUUACAUAUCCAUCUGCCUGAAGACUAGCACAUUGUAAUGAACUAGCUUUAUAUAUCAAUUAACAUUUUUACUCUUAACAUUUACCAGCAUAAGCUUGCCUCUACUUUACUAAACAGUGAGUUUGGGUAUUAGGUAUUUCUAAAGUGUUAUGUAGUAAGUACAUGUCACUUUAUGGCAUUUAACAAGUCCUAAAUAUUUUUUUAGUAACCUUUUAAGUAUGUAAUUUAACUGUAAAUCUUGCUGGUUUUUAUGUCAUUAGAUCUACACAUUAGACAUAAACAAUGCUGAAGAUUGUUGGAAAAAGUUCAGUGCAAAUCGUACAGUGGGAUUAUUGCUCUUCCUGGGCAUUGUGCUUGGAAACUUGUGGAAGGGACAUAAUGCCAAUGACAUCAAAGAAAGGUGAAACGAAAGCACGUAGCAAUAAAUGGACUGGUCUGGUUGAUAGGACUGAAGUAGAAUGUAUCUGAAAGUUACCUGGAUUCAUUUCACACACUCAAAAAAUCAAUGUGUAAGUAACAACACUUCAAGGAGAAGUUUUCAAAACAUGAUAUAGUUCAGUGAUGCCAUAUUGCACAACAACUCUCUAAAAAAAUUCAACUGAAAAGGCACUGAGCAAUCACCCAAUUUAUGGAUAAACAAUAUACUGUAAAUAAUGGACAAAAAAGUUGGUGUAGACAGUUAAAUUUAAGAUGAAAAUACGCAUUACAUUUUGGGGGGAAAAUAAAAUUGUAUUCUUGCUUUUUUGGUAUAGAGCAGUGGUGUGCCACAUGGAAAUGACCAGGCAUGAGCACAGUUCAAAAGUCCCGUGGGCUUCACUGCUCUAAUGUUUUCUAUUCACUGACUGUAGUAAUAUAUUUUAUUUGAAAAAACAAAUCAUGAUGAUAAAACAACCCAAAUUUGAAAACAACAUAAGUGCAUACGUUUUAUUUCUGUCUCCUCAUCCAACCCCAACUUUCAUAUUCAGUGCCAUGACCUAAAAAAGUCACAACACAUUAAAUAUUUACGGAAAUGUCUGUUUUGAGGGGGAAAAACAAAGAAAACACAAAAUUGUUAAGCAGGAGAAUGGUUAGACAGGGCCACUGGAAACAUCUUCUUUGGCCUGUGGCAAAUGCAUGGUUAGGUAUAUUCUGCAAAACUGCUUCUGACCAUACUGUGAAAUUGAAGUCAAUCUUUCAGUAGAGUGUACUUAUUGAUCACUGUGCCAUCUGUGCUUCCAUUGCUUGGGCUGUCCACUCAGGCGCAGUCUGGCUAAUCUUUUCUAACAGAUUAUUCACUUGGAAACAUAAAGAUUGAAUCUGUUUAUCCCAUGUUGGCAAAGCUUCACGUGCUAAAAAAAAAAAAAAAAUUAUAACAAUACUUUAAUGACUUCUGA